UCUUCUCUGAAGCGUUCAACUUGUGUGUAUACUCAUACUGUUUGUAUUGCUAAUUCUUUGAGCCACUCCCUUAUUCCUUUCAUUUUAAAUAGCAACGUUAAAACCGUUUAUUGUAUGGUGAAAAAAUAAAAUUAUGCGUUUCUAUUGAGACAUUUUGCAAUUGUUUGCAUAUAAUCGAGAAGAAGAUCUCAAGUAAAUUUUCCAGCCCAAUUCUUCCAAGUUUUUCUGGAGGAUGGCAAAGGAUUCUGAUUUGGGGAGGUCGGACUCCUACCGAGUGGCGACCGGACCGACGAUCUACGACGACAACAAGACAGCUGACGGCAAGGUCAAGUCGAGGCGGAAACCUCCAACGAAAAAGCAGAAAAAAGGAGACUUAGAUGAUCUUAAACAAGAAUUAGAUAUCGAUCAUCACAAAAUCUCAGUAGAAGAAUUAUAUCAAAGAUUUCAAACACAUCCUGAAACCGGUUUGACGCACGCAAAGGCGAAAGAAAAUUUAGAAAGAGAUGGACCGAAUGCAUUGACGCCACCAAAGACAACGCCAGAAUGGGUGAAAUUCUGCAAACAACUAUUUGGUGGCUUCGCCCUUUUACUAUGGAUCGGUUCCAUUCUUUGCUUCAUAGCCUAUUCUAUACAAGCGACCACGGUUGAAGAGCCAGCGGAUGAUAAUUUAUACCUGGGAAUAGUAUUGGCAGCAGUGGUAAUUGUGACUGGAAUCUUCUCAUACUACCAAGAAAACAAGAGCUCUCGUAUAAUGGAGUCCUUCAAAAGUAUGGUACCCCAGUUCGCGACCGUUAUAAGACAAGGCGAGAAGCUGACUCUGAGAGCGGAGGACAUUGUAUUGGGAGAUGUGGUUGAGGUGAAAUUUGGAGACAGAAUUCCGGCCGAUAUUCGUAUCAUUGAAGCGCGAGGAUUCAAAGUGGACAACUCGUCUCUCACUGGAGAAUCUGAGCCUCAGAGCCGAGGCAUUGAUUUCACUCACGAAAACCCGCUCGAAACCAAGAAUCUGGCUUUCUUCUCUACGAAUGCUGUUGAGGGUACUGCUAAGGGAGUUGUGAUCAGCUGCGGAGACAACACUGUGAUGGGCAGGAUCGCUGGUCUGGCCUCAGGUCUCGACACCGGUGAGACACCCAUCGCCAAGGAAAUCCACCAUUUCAUCCACAUCAUCACCGGAGUUGCCGUCUUCCUCGGAGUCUCCUUCUUCAUGAUUGCCUUCGUUCUCGGUUACCAUUGGUUGGAUGCUGUUAUCUUUUUGAUUGGUAUCAUUGUCGCGAACGUGCCCGAAGGUCUGCUGGCCACUGUAACAGUGUGCCUGACGCUGACCGCCAAGCGAAUGGCCUCGAAGAACUGUCUGGUGAAGAACUUGGAAGCUGUGGAGACGCUCGGCUCAACCUCGACCAUUUGCUCAGACAAGACCGGCACACUCACCCAGAACCGGAUGACUGUCGCUCACAUGUGGUUCGACAACCAGAUCAUCGAGGCUGACACCACUGAAGAUCAAUCUGGUGUUCAAUACGACAGGACCAGUCCAGGCUUCAAGGCUCUUGCUAGGAUUGCUACUUUGUGUAACCGAGCUGAAUUCAAGGGAGGCCAGGAGGGUGUUCCAAUUCUCAAGAAGGAAGUGAACGGCGACGCAUCGGAGGCAGCCCUACUGAAGUGCAUGGAACUGGCGUUGGGCGACGUGAUGUCGAUUCGUCGACGCAACCGCAAGGUGUGCGAAGUGCCGUUCAACUCGACCAACAAGUACCAGGUGUCCAUUCACGAGACCGAGGACGCCAACGACCCGCGCCACCUCAUGGUCAUGAAGGGUGCACCCGAACGCAUCCUCGACCGCUGCUCCACCAUCUUCAUUGGCGGCAAGGAGAAGCUGUUGGACGAGGAGAUGAAGGAGGCCUUCAACAACGCCUACCUCGAGCUGGGUGGACUCGGUGAACGUGUGUUGGGAUUCUGCGACUUCCUGCUGCCGUCAGACAAGUUCCCGCUGGGCUUCAAGUUCGACUGCGACGACCCGAACUUCCCCAUCUCUGGACUGCGAUUCGUCGGCCUCAUGUCGAUGAUUGACCCCCCGCGAGCAGCCGUGCCCGACGCGGUCGCCAAGUGCCGAUCAGCUGGUAUCAAGGUCAUCAUGGUCACCGGAGACCAUCCCAUCACCGCCAAGGCCAUUGCCAAGUCUGUCGGAAUCAUUUCCGAAGGAAAUGAGACUGUUGAAGACAUUGCUCAACGACUGAACAUCCCCAUCUCGGAAGUGAACCCACGUGAAGCGAAGGCUGCCGUCAUCCACGGAUCUGAACUCAGAGACAUCGCCUCCGAACAACUCGACGAAAUCCUCAGGUACCACACUGAAAUCGUGUUCGCCCGUACCUCACCGCAGCAGAAACUGAUCAUCGUGGAGGGUUGCCAGCGCAUGGGAGCCAUUGUCGCUGUCACUGGAGAUGGAGUCAACGAUUCGCCUGCCCUCAAGAAAGCCGAUAUCGGUGUUGCCAUGGGUAUUGCUGGUUCUGACGUAUCGAAACAGGCUGCCGACAUGAUUCUGUUGGACGACAACUUUGCGUCGAUUGUGACUGGAGUCGAGGAGGGUCGGCUGAUUUUCGACAACCUCAAGAAAUCCAUUGCCUACACACUCACAUCCAACAUUCCCGAAAUCUCGCCGUUCUUGGCUUUCAUUCUCUUGGAUAUUCCUCUUCCUCUCGGCACGGUCACUAUCCUCUGCAUCGAUCUGGGAACAGACAUGGUUCCAGCCAUAUCUCUGGCUUAUGAAUCGGCCGAAUCCGACAUCAUGAGUCGUCCUCCCAGAAAUCCUUUGAACGAUAAACUAGUCAACGCCAGGUUGAUCUCAAUGGCAUACGGACAGAUUGGUAUGAUUCAGGCGGCAGCUGGCUUCUUUGUGUACUUCGUGAUCAUGGCUGAGAACGGAUUCCUGCCGAUGCACCUGUUUGGGCUGCGUAAGCAGUGGGACUCAAAGGCCAUCAACGAUCUCACCGACUCUUAUGGACAGGAAUGGACCUACCGAGACAGAAAGGCUUUGGAAUUCACCUGCCACACAGCCUUCUUCGUAUCGAUUGUCGUUGUACAAUGGGCCGAUCUGAUCAUCUGUAAAACACGACGAAACUCGAUCAUCCACCAGGGAAUGAGGAACUGGGCAUUGAACUUUGGUCUAGUAUUCGAAACAGCUCUGGCAGCUUUCUUGUCGUACACUCCCGGAAUGGACAAAGGUCUUCGCAUGUAUCCUCUCAAAUUUGUGUGGUGGUUGCCGGCUAUUCCAUUCAUGAUUGCCAUUUUCGUGUACGACGAGGUGCGUCGCUUCUACCUGCGCAGAAAUCCAGGCGGCUGGCUGGAACAGGAGACAUACUACUAAGCAGCAUGCAGUGCAUUGCGGCGACUGUAGCAGCAGCUUGUGGUCUCCCCACCCACAAUCAACAAUUCACUAAACAAAGAUCGGGAAAGAGCAGAAGUAGAACGUACGCCACAAGGAAAGAGUGUUCGCGCAUCGAGUGCAACAAGUGCAGAAGUUGAAUUAAGACGAUCAAGUAUUAGGAACUAGAGAGACUACCAGCGUGUAGUGCAUUAUUAUUAUUACAAUAAUAAUAAUUAUAAUUAUAUAAUGAAAUGAAGUGCUAGUGCAACACCCCACUCUCCUGCAGCAGAGCAUUUAUUUCUCUUUUUAGGCUGUUUCAGUAUCAUCGCAUCGUCUCAUUUUGCGUUGUUCAUUGUAGGCUCAUAUUAUUAUUUCAAGUAAAUACAACAUGUCGCCGCCUAUUCAUCAUCAUUAUCAUCAUCAUCAUCAUCAUUUUCUCACCAGUGCAGAUACACAAAAACACACAUACACAUAUACACAGACACAAACACACACGGACAGCAAAGCUCUAGCUUCUUCAUAAUCUUGAAUCCGGUUAUUAGUAUUCUGUAGCAGGUAAUGUUGUCUCUGUCUCGAUAGCUGUUGAGUUGAAUGACAAUUCGACGCCAUUCGUCGAAUGCUUGUGUUGGUCAAUCGUCGCUGACUCGGCCCGCCCUGUCGCUUGACAAAUUAAUGACUUUCUUACAAUUUACGAGGAUUACAAUAAAAAAAUUGAAAAACGAUAUGUAGAAAGGUUUACAUAUUAUUAAUCAAUAAAACUAAUAAUAAAAUCAAGUUAAUUUAUAAAUAUAUAGAAGUUAAUGUUUUAAAAAUUAGUUAUUUGAGAAGUGUAAUGUUUUUAAAGAUGUUAUAAUAUGCAAGUGUUGAUCGGCCCGAGAGGUUCUCCCUUCUAGUGCUCAAGUCUUGAGGUUCCUCUCGGGCCGCCGCGGCGCCGCUCCGUGGGGGACCGACGUGCGGCGGGGCUCCUCUCUCUCUUUCUCUCUCUAUCUCUCCCUCUCUCUCUAGCAUUCCGGCGGAUGAGCGCGAGUAUCUUGGUCAAGUGGUGGCGAGUAACCUCGUCAAGUGGUGGCCAGCCGCUCGCCAUUCUUCCACGGCGCGCUACGCUCGUGUGCAUUACUAAACACUAACUAUCACAGUUUAGCGCUUUCUCUGUUGCUUGUUAACAGUUUGAUGUAAACAAAAGUUUAACGAAUCGUUUUAUUGAAAGCAGAUACGGUCGGCGGCCCGGCCUAUUCUUCAAAACUUAGACUAUAUUUACAAGUGUAAACUGUUGGAGAUUAAAUUAUAAAUUUAUCAGAUGAAUAGAGAAAUAUGAUAAACCCAAUUGCUUGAAUGAAACAAAUUUAUUACAGUAUAUAGGAAACUUAGAUGUAUAUUUAGGUUAGUUUUACCAUGUUGUUAUAUAUAUAAAUAAAAUAUUAAGUAUUAUUAAUUGUUCUUUUAAAAGAGGAAUGUGUAGAGAUCUGUUACACUAGUAGGAGAGAACCACUGUUUAUAUCAAUUGAUCAAUAAUCGAUAAUGUAAAUACUUAAAGAGGAUUGGAUUGUGCGUUAACUGAGCAGAGCAGAGCAAAGCAGAGAGUCUUGAGUCGAUUGGUUUGCAGUUGCGGGUUGCUUGCUUCAAUUGUCGGCCAAUGGGGCAGCUACAUUGGGCUAGCCACGCCCUCACUAGCAACGGCAUCCAAACACGUAGUCAAAACACUAUAAUACCGCAUGUUGAACUGGAAACAUUUAAAACGAGUUGAUUGAUAAAACCUAGAUAUGUAUAAAAGUUGAUAUUCAUUAUACAAAUGUAGUAAUCAAAGAUUUAAUAAUAUUGAAAUUUUUUCAUCGAUCGAUGGUUUGGAUGGAUUUCAAGAGGGCUUUCUUGAUUGUUAUGUGUAUGAUUACAUGCAGUUCUUUAUAGCUAGUUCAUUUCUUUUAUUUAUUGAUUAUGUUAUUAAAUUUAAAAAAAUGAAGGGAAACUAAAGUUUUGUUAUUUGUUGUUUAUGAAAUAUUUUAUUAUUGACAAUAACCAAACUCUGUUUUUAACUCUAGAAGAAAAUAUUGUAAUUACUGUUUGGUUUGUCUAUAGGGUGAAGUGAAUUAAAUAAACUGCCAAUAUUGUAUUUAAUGUUCGCGUGAAUGGUGAUGAUGUACUAGUUAUUAUCAUUUCCAACAUGAUGCCAUUUAAUAAACGAUGAUGAAUACUGUAUUAAAAAUUUACAUUUGACAAUUUGGUUAGUCGUUUCAAUUUAUUUCACUUAAUGAAAACAACCUGUCAACUAGUAAUCCGUGAAUAUUACUAAUUCAAAGCAAGACUCUAGUUAUUCAUUCAAUUCUCAUUAAAGAAAUACCGACACACUAACUAUGCUAAUUAUUAUUAAUGGAUAGUAAAUGUUGAAUUGUUCAAUGUUGUUAAUGUUUUAAAAUAUUGAGAAAUUUUAUUUUAAAGAAAACUAUGCAUUGUGAAAAUUAAAACUAACGUAACUCGAAUAAAAUUAAAUUCCAUUACCUGAAUAAUAUUAUAAAUUAUUGUUACAUUUAUAAUAUUAUAUUGGGAUCUAUUGAAAUUGUAUCAAAUUGAAAAUUAUUUAUUGGUUUAUCAAAGUGGAACAAAGAUUUAGUGUAAAUCUCUAAUAUACAAAGUAAUAUUUUUAUACUCUUUAAAGUAAAUCGAGCGUACACAUUAUUUCUCAAAACAUGAUCGGUUCGUUAUUGUUAAGUUUUGAUUUCCUUUCUUUACUUUUGUCCACAUGUAAAUUUUGUGACAGUGUCAACUUUUGAUUGUUUUCCUGUUUGAAAUUAUAUAAUAAUUAUUGAUGAAUGAGAUUGUUAGGAAAAUAAUUGUACAGAUGCAUUAUGUAAAAAUUGGUGAUGCAAUUUUUGUGGAUCGCUAAUAUCCAAUUUUAAAAGAUAUUAAAAAAGGGUUGAAAUGUUAUUUUUCUCUUUUUUAUUUGAUAAGUUAUUGAAUUAUUGCUUUUGUAGACAGUGAUAAGAGUCAAACAGAAUAAACUUUUUUUAAUAAUA